AAACGGAGCGUCAAAUGCACGCUUUACCGUCUUACGUUUUUCUUGUCGGUCCGGUCGGAGCGCGGAGCUUCUACUGAACGACCCAUCACUGAACAGAAAUCUCGUGUUGCAAUGGCUUCACGCAGUAAAACCUCAGAACCUUCGUCUUCCGCUUCUUCUGCUUCGUCUCCCUCCGAGGUUUGGAAAGAGCGCAUCAUCAUACCGACUAUUCUCGCAGGAGUUGUUGGUGGAGGAGUUGGAUUGUUAUCUAAGCAUAGGAAAGUCCAUGGCAUUGCAAACAUUACUGCAACCUAUGCUGCUAAUUUUGCCAUAGUCGCUGGCUGCUAUUGUGGAGCACGUGAAUUUGUAAGAGCAAGUAGAGCAUCAGAACCUGGGGAUCUAAUAAACUCUGCAAUUGGAGGCUUUGGUAGUGGUGCCCUCCUUGGCCGCCUUCAAGGUGGGCAACUUGGGGCUAUCCGUUACUCUAUCAUGUUUGCUAUUGCUGGGACAACUUUGGAUUUUGCUGCAAUAAAACUAAAACCUGUUGUGAAGAGCUUUAGCGAAUCCAUGUUUGGAGAUGAUGAGAGUUUGCAGAAGAAUGGUGCUUGGUUGAGAUGGCCAGAAUGGUCUCCCAUUCAAGUACUUGACAAGGAAGCCGUUGCUGCUAAAAAAGCUCGGGAGCAACAGUUGUAUGCCAAAGGUGCUUUGGGCAAGCUAAACAAAGAAGAAUCCUGAGUUUUUUUUUUUUUUUUUAUGCUUGUUAGACAUCAUGUCUAGGGGGGGGGGGGGGGGGUAAGGCAUGGGUGGUUGGGUUUCUGUUCAUUUAUAUUUGGCCCCAACAAUCUAGUUAUAAAGUCAUUUGGGUUAUGCUGAGGGGGUGCUCAUUGUUUCUCGAGUCUAUUUAUCUACCUGAGCAACAUCAAACAGUAAUAGCUAGCCCUGUAGUAAGAAUAUCCUUUUUAGAAUCCACACAUAAUUGGAGUGAUGUUGGUUUUACUUGUUAAAUUGAAUACAAGUUUGUAAAAUUACCCUACAAGAAAUGCUUUGAGAUCAUUUGGA